AUGACCGUCCCUGAGAGCUAUGUACGAAGGCUAGAGAGUGAAAUCGCACAGCUACGGCAGACGAGUCGCGAUAGCCAAGUAGCUGUGAUUCACGCCAGCCACCGGCAACCCACAACCCCGUCAAGCAAUGAAGUUCAAGAACAGACACGAUCAGAGCGACUUAUUGAGAACUCGACAACUGAACAUUUUGUCCGCAGGCUCAAAGGCGUAUACUCGAAUCCCUACCAAGACAUGUCCAGUCCCUCUCCUUUUCCCACGACAUUGGCCCCUGAUGAAACCGGGUUCCAUGAGAGUGACGCCCAACCCAAGGCAUCCAACUACACUUACAUUCCUCUGGAAAAUGAUAACCUCCGACCAAAAGUGCUCGUUAAACUUCCACCGCACUCUUACGCACUCUACCUUAUAGGCCAGUUUGAAUCUUUCAUGGGGUCCGAUUAUCACUGGUACCAAAAGAAGCGAUUUCGUGCUCAAAUAGAUGCCGUAUACGAUCCAUCACGAUCACAGCGAAUCGAAAGAACAUGGCUUUGCUGCUUUUCUGUUGUCUUGGUCCUGGGAGAAUCAUAUAACGAUACCAUCGUCCCAUCGUUUUUGAUUGACAACAGAACUGGGAUUUCUACAGAUGGUGCUGCUUCAACAAGUACCGAUUCUCUAAUUCUGGGAAUCGAAAUUUUUAAACAAGCCCUGCUCCUUCUACGACCAUCGUACGAGGAGCCGACAAUAGACCAAGUUGAAGCACUUAACCUCAUUCCCAAGUCAAGCUCUGCCGUAUCAAAUACCGCAUCAUCAGGACAGUUGCAGCUCUCCGAAAACUUGAUUUUCACUGGAGAGGGAGGGUUCUCAGAUGAGACUCUGGUUUUUCCGGCGAUGCACACGGUCGCAUCCCUGAUGCUUCGCUAUAAUCAGUGUAUCAUACUUCUUAUUCGCCCAUUGUUGUUGAAGCAACUCCAUGACCUCGUGCACGAACAAGACACCUUAAUGCCUAGGAAUUACUUCGCAAGCGCAAAUACCCAGUGUUUGCAAGCCGCAGCUGAUAGUACUGCCAUCCAAUUCGCCCUCUCGAAAUGUCAUAAAAUCGCGAAGUUCGGAUUCUGGGACUCUCUACACAUCUUCUCCAGCCUUACCGUACAUGUGGUCUCUGGGUGCCUGAUAGAGAAGCGUCCCACGGCGUUCGCUACUGGCCGGCCCAACAUCCCCUACGGCCCGGUCCGAGGUUUACUGGGGGAAAUAGCUCGGGUUUGA